GUAUAUUUUUGGGGUGUGCGUGUGUGUGAGUGAGCGAGAGUGUGCGUGCCGGCGCGCGCGCGCUCUUGCAAUUCCAAAAUUAAUGGCCAUGAGUUCUUUCUUGAUCAACUCCAACUAUGUGGACCCCAAAUUCCCACCAUGCGAAGAAUAUUCCCAGCACGAUUACCUUCCCAGUCAUACUCCGGAAUAUUUCAGCGGCCAGAGGCGACAGGAGAACUCUUUCCAACACGAGGCGUUGUACCCAGCGCGGUCCGCCUGUAACCAACCAUCCUAUCCUCCAUGUCAGGGCUCUGGGCACCAGCCACCGGUCCUCUCCCCCAGGAGCCAACAUGCUCCGGCUGGACUUCAGAACCAUCUCUCCGAACCAAAUCAUACUUGCGAAUCCAUCACGCCAAGCCCACCGCCUUCCUGUAGCCAAAACUCUCUCAACCAAAGCCCUGGCAAAGAGCCGGUAGUUUAUCCUUGGAUGAAGAAGGUUCAUGUUAGCACGGUCAACCCCAACUACACCGGAGGGGAGCCCAAGCGCUCCAGGACAGCCUACACGCGGCAGCAAGUGCUGGAGCUGGAGAAAGAAUUUCACUACAAUCGCUACCUCACCCGGAGGCGAAGGGUGGAAAUCGCUCACUCCCUUUGCCUGUCCGAGCGCCAGAUCAAGAUAUGGUUUCAAAACCGGCGGAUGAAAUGGAAAAAAGACCACAAGUUACCCAAUACUAAGAUCCGGUCAAAUGCUGCUGCCAACCUGCCGGUGCCAGGCGGAGCAGGAGGCCCUCAGGACCGAACCAAUGGGCCGACCCCGAAACCCACCCCCAGCCUAUAACCAUCCUUGAGCGCAACCUGAGGGUGUGUGUGUGUGUGUUUGGGCGCGCGCACGCCUGUGCGCGCACGUGUGUGUGUGUGUGUGUGUGUGUGUGUGUAGGCGCGCGCGUGUGUUUGUGUGUGUGUGUGUGUGUGUGUGUGUUGGGGGGCGGGGUGUAUAUGAAUGCGUGUGCUAAGAAGUGAUUAUGGAACGGAAGGUCGCUUUGUGGCUUUACUGUUCCCUGGGAAGAAAGAUGGGGGCCAUUGGGGAUAGGGAGGGAGGUGGGUGGGAUCACUAUUUAUACGAGGAAGAGGAAACAAAGGAGUAGGGGGGUGGUUUCUCACUGGCCGGGUUGUGUUUGGGGGUAGUUUCUCUGUUCUACUGUAUAGGAGGUAGGGGUUUCCAGAUUUGGCUAAGAUGGAUCCCUUCUUCAUCCUUAAUCAAGCCAAACUCGGGCCCAUUUGUCAUGUUUACUCUCCCGUACAAACGAAGGACCUUAUGCCAGCCAUUAGCUCGACAGCCAGAGUCAUCUUUAAUAAAUGAGGCUUGGUUUCACCUAAGGAGGACUGGACUCUCUCUCUCCCUCCCUCUUCAUCUUCCUUUCUUUCUGUCUCCUCUUUCGCACCCCAUCCUUAUUACUCCCUCUGCCCCCCCCCAUCCAUCCUCACCUACCACACUACCCAUCCUACAGACAGAGGGCUGAUCAAGACUACAGAAAGCUGUUUUAAUGCAGUUAUGGAUGGAGGGAAGAUUAGAAGUGGGGAGAGGGGGUAGGAGAGUGACAUUUCCACAAACUCUCUAAGGAUAUAAUUGGCUGGUGAAUGUAGUAAGGAAAGAACCCAAAAUGAACAAACAAAACGAGAAGAGCAACAAAAAAUGGGGAGGGGGUCUUGAAAUAAUAAAGCCAUUAAAAAUGGGGGCUUCUUUGGGUUAAUUACAUAACGUGGGAAACAUGGAAAGCCAAGAGUGCUGUGCAUUUCAGUCCAUAAAGUUGAUUAUAAGGCCAUCUGCGUUCCAGUAGCCAUUAAAAUUGGAGGGGGGGCUUAUAAAUAAGGGCGCCCCUCUGGUGUCUUUAUACCCGAUUUUGGACCAAAUAAUGUAUGCAUAAGAUGGGACUUCAGGGAAUUCCCCUGGGAAGUGAAGGGAAGACAUAUAUAUGACCUCUGUACCUUCCCUGCAUCCUUUUUUCACAGGCACAAAUCCUUUCUUCCCUUCCCUCUAAGACAUUCCAAAAUGAGGUGAUGCCACAGAACUCUGUGGAGGGAGAGAAGAUGCCUCCUUCUUUUGCUUUUGUAUAAUUACUUCUUGCUGUUUUGUGUGAUAUCCAUGCAAACAUGUAUAUAGAAUACCACAAAAUAAAACAUUUUAUUGUGAACACGA